ACAUAUCCUUAUUGAGGCAACUGGGUAGCCGCUUUGUAGGCUGCUAACACUUUUUGCUCGGCAUUGUCGAAGGUUAUAAUCUUUCCUUCGGUUGAACCAAUUCCCAAAAAUCCACGUUUCUUCUCCUGAAACGGAAUACCAUAAUUGAGCAAUGGAUAGGAAAGAGCCCAGUUCGAACGUACAGGAUUGAAAAAGAAAAGCCUUACCUUGAGAAUAAUUUUGAUUCCUUUCUCAACAAAAAUCGGCUCCUUCAUUUUGUCAUACUCCGUCUGCCAAUCGCUGGCCCAGGUGCCCAUUAGAUCCGUUCGCUUGGCUAGUACCUGGAAGGAGAAGAAAGCAUUGAAAUGGCAAAUAACCAGCAAUUUCCUCAAAGAUCAGAAAACCACUGACAAUUGA